AUGCCAUAUUUGGGCCCUAGAUCCUUUGACACAGCCCCUCUAACCACUAAUAACCUUGCUUACCUGAAUGACAAGCUCGCUGAGUCCCACCGGUCGUCGAGUGUCUCCAGAAGUUCCAGCAUAAGCACCUCACCGGAAGAGACGCUUUCCAUCUCUACCCCUCUUUCCACGCUAUCUAGCACAAGUUCUGUCACAGACAUAAUACCGUCUUCUGCGGGUCACGAAGGCGAGUUGGACAAUGACGAUAAUCAGACAGUUGUAUUUCAGCAUGAAGACGCCUCAAGCUCUUCCAUCUCAACCAUAACAGAACUGAAGCCUAGUUUACUGCGGAAAAAGUCCGGAGAGCUGGUGAAGUCCUCGCUCAAGCUGCCAUCGCUCAAAAGGUCAAGCUCGAUGCCCAACGCCAAAUCCGUGAGGUUUGCCAACCGACUGGAGGACAUUAAAUUUUUUGAUAAGCUUGAGAAGCCGACGGCGGUGUUUGCGGACACGUCUCCUGUGGGCUCUCCGGCGUUAUCUCCGUCUUUGCACCCUUCGUGGGAUUUCUCUUCCGAUGAGGAAGACCUUGACAACACCACGGAUUACUUCAGCGAGUACUGGGAAAUUCUGCACAACGAUGUUCCGCAUACUUCGAAUGUCGUGAACUUCAGCAAGUUCAACUCCGAUAAGCCGAUCAUUUUGGAGAGCUUAAAACUAAACUCCACAAAGGACUCCUUGAUAGGGUUUGUUUAUGUUCGCAAUUUGGGAUACGAAAAAAGAAUCCUUGUCAAGCUAACCUUUGAUGAUUGGAACAGCUUCAUUGAGAUCGAUAACGCCAACUACAUCUCCUCCAACCAUAUUUUCCGCUACAUGGAGGACGGCGUCUCGUACGAUAAAUUCUCAUUUAUCAUCAAGCUUCGCAACCUGGGAAACUACAAGUCACAAAUGAACCUCAAAUUCUGUAUUAAGUACCAGGUCAACCAGGCGGAAUACUGGGACAAUAAUGACAUGAAGAACUAUACUGUUACACUAAAGAAGAACACCAAGAGAGGUACUCAACGGCGCAAGUCUUUCGAUACCGACUUGGACGAUAUCAAGUUCAGAUUGAAAACAAACAUGAAUUUCAACGAGUCGUUCUCGUUGCCUUUCGCCAGUCAGAACCAGCGCAACUUUGAGCCAAGAAACUCCAAGCAUUAUUUAUUACGCAAGAUCAACUCUGAAUCUUCCAUUCCAACACUAAAUUCCAUCACGCCAACAUCCGCUUCGUUACCUCCUUCUACACUGAAGUCGAACUACUCGCCUUCCUCUGCAUACACUGCACCUAAGGGCUUGGCAGCUUCUUUCGAUCCUGUUUACCAUAAGAUCAUCGAAAACUAUUGUUUCUUUGGCUCUUCUUCGCAUCAAAUCAAAGGACAUGACCAAGUUCCGGACUACGCAGACUCGUUUUGCUUAAGUUGA